AUGGAGCCCCCCUCGGGUGACGGCAGGGACCCCUCGGAGAGCGCUCGCCUGGUGGGCAGCCGCAGUAGCAGCAGCUCCAGCAGCGUCCGCCUCAAGAGGUAAGGGGGUCCCCACGCCUCCCCACUCGCAGAAGCCCCUUCCUCUCCUCCACCGGGAUCCUCCGGAGACUCCUCCAGGCGCUCCCCUGACCCACUUGAAGACCCCGCUGAGAUGGCCCCUGGCUGCCUUUUUCCGCACAAGCGGCCUGAGGUUUUAAAUCUUACACGCUCCUGCCGAGCAAAGUGACGUUUGGUCGCCCGCACUCCCCGGACAGCCAGGGACCCCCGUCGCCUCUUGCCCCCGCCCUGCCCAGUCCCCCGGCCCCCACCCGGCAGGUUCCCCGCCUUGCCUCCCCCCAGCACCCCCCCUGCUCGGGAAUCCCCGCAUUUUCUGGGGAACUUCGUGUAUUCGUUGCGAGGGGGUCGGCCAGAGGGGGUCCCCUUGUGCCGCUCCGCCAUCUCCUCCUUCCGGGGCAUCCUUGGAUUCCUGCCCCCGCCCCCGGGACGGCUCAUGGGGAAUUCCACGGCAGUGGGACGUGAGCGGCGGGAGGGGGAGGCGCAAAAGGGGGGGGGAGAAGCGGGAAUCGUGGAGGUGGGGGCGUCUCCUUCCCAGUUCCUUGCGGGGCAUCUUUCACUUCUGCCUUAGCUCUGCUGCCGGUGUCGAGCGUUUCAGUUCUUACUGGGGGGGGGAAGGCGGGGGUCCCUCUCGCCCGAGGUGGGCGCUCCCUGCUCCCGGAGAGCCCCCAGGAGCCUUUCCUUGCGGCGACUGCAUUGACACCCCUCCCUCACCCGUCACGUCUGGGCUGCUGCACCAAAGGCAGGGAGUCUCUCAAUAGAGUUAGCAGCCGGAGAACCCCACUCUGCCCCAACCCAAGACCCACGUCGGGGUCGCCUUGCCUGCGCAACCUGCUGGAAACCUCGCAGCUCCAGGGCCCGCUCGGGGGGCAGCCAGUCAGCGAAGCCCCACUGCCCGAGGGGGAGAACCAGGCUCUCCAAGCAUCGCUGAGGAGGCCCGUCGGCCUUUCGCCUGUCCGGGAGGGCGCCUCAUGGACGGGCCGGCGGUCAGCCGCUAGUGAUGGCGUUGCAUCUUGGGGGGAGCAGGGCAGCUGUGGCUGGAAAGAGCCCCCCGAGGAGAGGGUGGGGGAUGCCUGGCCCUCGCUGCCAGCCCACGAGGCGCUUCCUGUGCCGUCGAGCCUGCCUCCUUGGCACGCGCCAGCUUGUUUUCUGUGCCCCCAUCUGCCUCCAGAAGGCUCUGCCGGGUGCCAGGGAGGGACAGCUGAGCGGUGGGCUGGCGAAAUCUGCGCUGGGGGAGCGUGGCUGCCUCGUUUUCCGGGGCUUGCGUUUGAGGAGAUGGGGGGGCGCACACAUGGAGGGCAGGCUCCCCAUCCCUGUGCAGACAGCCCCUAACCCAGCUUCCCCCCCCGUCCUCCAGAGCAGCCUGGCCAAGGAAAGGCGCCUUGAAGGUCACCGAGGUCAACGGCAAGGACAGGUGCCUGGAGUCUGAGAUGCUGCGGGGGGGGGGGGGGAGGCCGCCUCCCCUGGAAUCCAGCCCAGCCUGUCUGGAGCCCUGGAAGCGUUGCGGCAACGGGGGAGCAACCCCUGACGAAUGCCUGCCUGUCACGGUUUCAGCCAACACGCUGGGAGCUGCUAUUUUGUGUGGGAAUGUUGACGUUCUGCCCUGCGAGGUUGGCUGCCUGUGGGAAGGGCUGGGGCGCAGGACUCACCUUGCACUGGGGCUGCCAUGGGGCUGCAUGGGGAGGAACAGUUCGAGAGGGGAACUGCCCUGCUUCCAAGACUGCCGGCCUCCCAUCAGGUGCUAGACUGCUACUCCUCAGAUCUCUGGCCUCACGUUCUCCUUCUCCAUCCUGAGAGGAAGCCUCUAGGGUGGAUCUCUCAGCCUCUGAGAUGCAAGAGGGAGCCGGCCUCAUUGCUUCUCCUUAGUUAAAAUGAGAGUUUUUCCUGACAAGUUAGUAUUUCCCACCAUAAAUCGAGAGUUCUUGUAUCCCUAAACUCAUUUCCUCAGUGUGAGUAAAUCCAGGGGAAAGUGUGAAAUAUCCUCCAACGGGGAAACUGAGUAAGAGGAAGUCGUGGGAUGGGGAGACAUAGCUGAACAGGACGGAGGCGGAUGGGGUACAAGUAAAACAUUUCUACCUUCUCUCCUCUCCCUCCCUGAUCUCUCUGGGUAUCCCGAGCCUUUCUGUCUUUUGUGGGCGGAUGGAGCCAAUGCCUGGAGCGCGCAGGGGAUGAAUUCUAUUGUUAAAGAUGAAAUAACCACACAAAGAGAAGAACAAGCCCUGCUGAGGCUGUCAGCAGGGCUUCCGCAAGGACAAGCCCGAUCUCACCAACGUAUUGGUUGAGAGUGACAAGAAGCUGAUAGAGGUGAUCCAGUUGACAAAGUGCACGUGGGAUCUCAACACUAUACCUGGCCCAUGACUCCUGAGUAAGCUCAGCAGUCAGGGAAUAAGAGGAUAUUCCUCGUGUAGAUCAGGAAUGGAUUCAAUAGCAGGAAGCAGAGAGCAGGAACAAUGGAGGGAUGGAGAAAGUGGAGUCCUCCCACCCACCCCCGGAUCCUAUUGGGACCUGUGCAUGUUCCCUUCGCUGAGGAUACCAAAUUACCAAAACCAAAAGAGAUUGUGAAGAGCUCUAAAAGGAUUUCUCCCAACAAAGCGAGUGGGCGUUAAAAUGUCAAAUGCAUUUCAGUGGAAACAAGUGUAAAAUGAUGUAUGUCAGGACAAAAUAAGUGAUGAUGAUUUCACACACACACACACACACACACACACAGGAGGUGAGGAGAUUUUGGGGUCCUAGGAGAGCUCCCAUGGACUGCAAGAAGAUCCAACCUCUCCAUUCUGAAGGAAACCAGCCCUGAGUGCUCACUGGAAGGACAGAUCCUGAAGCUGAGGCUCCAAGACUUUGGCCACCUCAUGAGAAGAGAAGACUCCCUGGAAAAGAUCCUGAUGUUGGGAAAGAUGGAGGGCGCAAGGAGAAGGGGACGACGGAGGACGAGAUGGUUGGAUAGUGUCUUUGAAGCUACCAGCAUGAGUUUGACCAAACUGCGGGAGGCAGUGGAAGACAGGAGGGCCUGGCGUGCUCUGGUCCAGGGGGUCACGAAGAGUCGGACAAGACUAAACGACUAAAGAACAAUACAGAGAGCUCAGUGAAGAUGCCAGUCCAAGGGGCUGAAAAAGGCAAGUGGGAAGACUGGGGUCCUGCUCUGGCUGCCUCCCCUCAAAAAGAAUAUUGCAGAGUUGGAAAAGGCUCAGAAGAGGGCAGCCCCAAUUAUCCAGGGUCUGGAGCGAGGAGAAGUUGCGGGUUGGACUGGGAGGCAGCGGUGCUUCUGAAUACCCGCUGCUGCUUCACCAGGACGGGGAGCGCUGCUUUGGGGCCCGGGGCCCGCUUGCGGGUUUCCCAUCCUCCCUUUCUUACCUGGGGGGCCACUGUGAGAAGAGGGUACUGGGGUUCAUGGGCCGUUGGUCUGAUCCAGGCUCUUUUUAUGUCCCCCCCCCCCAAUUUCUGGCCUUCGGAGGUCGUGCUUCUGUGCCCUAGGCUUCCUUUGGUCUGCCUGCGCCUCCUUCGCUUUUCCUGGCUGGGGGCACCCCCAACUUCGAGUGGGAUGGGGGGCACCGCUCUCUCGCUCCCCGUCGCUUUUUCCUCUCGAGGCCUCGACGGGAUCCCCGCCCUUUUCCCUUCCUGUUCCCCCCGCAGCCUCGAGGGCUCCGCCACGGACUCUUUGCUCCAGCGCGGUUUCCUCCCUCCAAGACCGGCUGCGAUGUCCUGGUGGUUGCCCCGGAAGAGCAGCGGGGCGGCCCCGGCAAUGACUCCAGCCUCGGCUCUGGAGCGCCUGUCUCAGUCCAGGGUCGCCGUCGAGUCGGUCUGAAUUCAGCAAGAGGGCCUCUGAGCCACAGAAAGGAAAACAGGCGCAUUCACACAAACUGAAACACGGACACGCAUGUUCUUGACGGGGGUCUCUUGCUCCAGCUUGUGCGUAUAGACAAGAAGGAAAAGCCCCCCCCCCCCCUGUCUGGACUGCAUGAGCUACGCUCCCUGGAUCGGGGCCCUGCUCAGACGAGGCGCAGCGCCCCUCGACGGCUCCUUUCUCUCUACCGCCUGCGGGAGCCAGUCUUUGCGGGGGGAGGCGGGAGAAGGAGAAAGGAUUUUGCGGGGGCAAGUGAUGGAGAGAAGAGCAGCAGCAGCCGUCCGUGGGUGGGAGGGGGCGGAGGGGACCACGUGGUACUGCUCUGCAGGAGGGGGGGAGCCGCUUGGGAGGCUCCCAGGCGUGAGAUAAUCGAGGAGAGAAAGGCCUGCAAAUACGGGGGGGGGGGGACGGGGGACGGACACGAAUGGAGGAUAAUUCUUCCUGAGUUUUUCACGGCAGCCUUUCCAUACCCACCAACUUAGGGACAUCUAAUCAUCAUCAUCAUCAUCAUCAUCAUCCCUGCCCAUCUGAGUGGGUUGCCCCAGCCAUUCUGGGUGGAUUCCAACAUAUGUAAAAACAUAAUAAAACAUUAAAAAAAACUUUAUAGUUACUUCUCUCCUUGGUUUGGGGCAGCAGAACUCCAUAUCCUCCAACAUUUAUUUGAGGAAAAUAGGGAUGUCCUAAGGAAAAGUAAGACAUUCCAGAAUCAAACCAGAAACCAGGACAGCUUGUGUAAAUCUAGGACUGUUCCUGGGAAAUCGAGACGAGCAAAGGGAACUCCCUUGGUGCAGCAGACAGAAAGUCAUCAGGUGCAGUGGGAGAAAUGGACGCUGUCCCAGUCACGUUUGUGUCUGGCGUGCGCACCCACCCACUGAACUGAAAGCCCCCUGCCUGAACCCCACUGGGGGGCCCUUGAGAUAUUUCAAAGGACGACUCAAGUGCAGGUUUCCAUGCCAUCCAGAAGAGGGGGAGAUUCUCCGCCAGCCGGCCAUGGCUUCUCUACACCGAGACCUGUUGCUAACAGCUCAGCAUUUCUGACCUUCCUCUUUUUAGUCUCCUUAUUUGGAGAAAAGCAGGUUUUCAUAAGGAUAUGGCCCAGCCGAUUCUCUCCCAUUCCAGGAUUCUGCCCUCUGGCUUGCCUCCUUCCUGCCAGCCCAGCACCCGCGAGCUCGGCUCCUGGGCCCAGCUGCCUCCUCAAUGGGUCCUUCUGGCAGCAAGGCAGCCACCGUGGCCAAACUGUCCAGGGGCAUCACAGUUCUCCAGUUCCUGCCAGGCGGAAGAUGAUUAAAUCUCCCCGCAGCCCCAGGAGACGAGCCGCAGUCACGGAGCCAGCUUGGCUAUUAAUUCCCUCCCCAGCGAGACUCUUGGGAGCACUUGACAGGCAUCUUUCUGAUCAGGCCAGGCGCUGACAAAAGACCUCGCCUUGCUCCAAGGGGGUGUGAGGGGCAUGACAGGGGCAGCCAAACCCAGAAGAGGAGCAUUUUUCUGCAAGAAAGCGCCCUUCAUUCAGGGCUUGGUAUUGACCUGUGUGGCUUCCCUGUGCAGCCUGGAAUGUGCCCACUGCCCAGGGUGGAUUAAAACAGAGACCUUGACAGAUCAAGAUGCAUUUGCUCCCUUAGGAAAGUCAGGAGACCAGCACUGGCAUUUGGGUGUCUUUUUUACAUCCCUUUCCUAAUGACUCUGCAUUGCAAUGUAGGAAUCACAGCUAGAGAGUUUCAGGCAGAUGGCCCGUCAAGGAAGGAGAGUCCGCCACUUUCUGAUAUCAUUGUUGUUGUUGUUUAGUCGUUUAGUCGUGUCUGACUCUUUGUGACCCCCCCCCCCCCCGGACCAGAGCACGCCAGGCCCUCCUGUCUUCCACUGCCUCCCGCAGUUUGGCCAAACUCAUGUUCGUAGCUUGGAGAACACUGUCCCACCAUCUCGUCCUCCGUCGUCCCCUUCUCCUUGUGCCCUCCAUCUUUCCCAACAUCAGGGUCUUUUCCAGGGAGUCUUCUCUUCUCAUGAGGUGGCCAAAGUCUUGGAGCCUCAGCUCCACGAUCUGUCCUUCCAGUGAGCACUCAGGGCUGAUUUCCUUAAGAAUGGAUAGGUUUGAUCUUCUUGCAGUCCAUGGGACUCUCAAGAGUCUCCUCCAGCACCAGAAUUCAAAAGCAUCAAUUCUUCGGCGAUCAGCCUUCUUUAUGGUCCAGCUCUCACUUCCUUACAUCACGACAGGGAAAACCAGAGCUUUAUCAUAGGAUAUCAUAGGAUUAUAGAAUUGUAUAGUUUGACCGGUCAUCUAGUCCAAUCAGUUGCAAUGCAAGAAUCGCAGCAAAAGACUCCCUGACCGGCAGCCAAGAAGGGAGAGUCCACUGCCUUCCAAGCCUUGGUCAAACAGCCCUGACCGUUAAAAAGUUCUUCCCACUGUUCAGUUGGAAAUGGCUUUAUUGAAAUUGGAAUCCCUUGACAUGGGUUGUCCCUUCCAGAGCAGGAGAAAACAAACUCGCUCCAUCUUCAGAUAUUUGAAGAUGGCUCUUUCCCUGGCUAAACAUAUCCAACUCUACACUGCUAUUCAUCUUUAUCCUGAAUCUGCAAAAUUACUUCUAACUCCUUCACUUUAGUUUGUGGGUAGACACCCAGUCUGUGAUUUGUUCUAGUUCGUGUCGGGUGUUUGUUCCCAUUUGUUUCAUAUUUUAUUGGGUUGUAUGCUUUACAUAAAAAUGAAAGAUGUUAAAUGGGGGGGGGGAGUGCCUCUACAAGACAGCCGUGGGUGGCAUGAGGAAGGAGGGGGCUAAUUCUCUGCGUGUGUAUUUUGUGGGGGUUGAGCAGGACUGAGGGGCUGCCCCUCCCUCAUGUUCCGGCCUUCUCUCAGUCUGUUUGCAGGCACCCAGGAUGCCUUCCCCAGCCUCCCCCUGGAGAACGGGCAUGCGGAAGUGCCCGGGGGCCUGGAGAUGGAGCGCCGCCUGGCCCCCCACUGCCACCAGGGGCCCUGCUCCCCCAGCCAGAGCCAGCUGAAGCUCCAGGCCCAGAGGAAGCUCAGCAUCGCCUGCGGGGUCUGCUUCCUCUUCAUGAUCGGAGAGGUCAUAGGUCAGUGGGGCUGGGAAGCGGUUCUGGGAGGGAGGUUCAUGGACCACCAAGCCAGUGGCAGGCACCUCCACUGACCCGAGAGAGGCUCAGAGAUACAGAAAAGCUCUCUGGGAUGCCAUGGGGGUUCUCUUCCUUCUUCAAGGAACAAGGACGACACACUUGUUGGGUGGGAGCGCAGAUGGCCACCUGCUUCUCUCCUUCCAGGUGGACGGGGUCACCUGACAUCCAGGGAGCCUCCUCUGGGAUAUUAUUGCAGUCAAGCCAACAAGUCAUGUUUUGCCAGAUGGGGACAUGAAGGGGAUGAGGCUCACAGAGCUUUCCCCAUAAAAUUUGCUAGAGAGAACUCUGUGAGAUCACUUCCUUGUCUGUCUUGACAUGCUUCUUUCCUGCCUGGGAAGCCCUCUCUUUCUUCAAGCUUACCACACACGCAUCAUUUUUGAAUUUACAUUUUAUACUUUUGUAACUUAGAUAGUAGUUAUAAACCUGCCUUCAUUUUGCUACUGUAAUGGCUGCCUCAAAACUUAGAUUAUGUAAGUAAAUACUACUUUUACUUCUUCACAAAACAAUGUUGGUGUGAUUGUUGUUUUUCAGGGGGUAAGACCAGGAAAAUCCAGCCUGUCUUAAAGCAUCCUGGAUUAUUGUUUCUAGAAGGUUAAAUCAAAUAUGCCUUCACUUCCAUGUUUAAAGCUGCAAAGGGUGGUACUCUGCUGAGCAAAGGGUACUCAUGUGAGCAAAGAAGAAAAAUAACUAACUAUAUAUAUAUAUAUAUAUAUAUAUAUAUAUAUAUAUACCCUCUCCUAGUGCCUGAAUCCAUUCCUACACUUUGUGGCUGAGAGAGGAUGUUUCAAUUUUCAUUUGAUUCACAUUUAUUUUAUCUGUUUUGCAGUUCUUUGCUGACUUUCCGGGGUCUCUUUCAAGGUGUUCAUUAAGAUAAUGAGCAGGAAUCAGUUGACAGCAAAGCGAUUGACACAGCAAAAAACCCUCAAAGGGCAGAGGAGAUAAAUCAUGGCAGCAGCACUAGACUCAGCUCAUCCUUACAAAGACCCAGGAAGUCUGCCUGAAAGGGGAUGAGAGGGUAUCCUGGUUAGAGCCAGGGCCUCCCGCCCCCCAGUCCUUCACCCCUCCCUCCACAACACAGCUCUGCUUGCCUUUCAGGAGGGUACUUGGCUCACAGCCUGGCCAUCAUGACAGACGCAGCUCACCUGCUGACAGACAUGGGCAGCAUGGGCGUCAGCCUCUUCUCUCUCUGGGUCUCCACGCGCCCGGCCACCAAGAUCAUGAGCUUCGGCUGGCACCGCUCAGGUACCUCCAGAUCCUCCACUAGGUUCCCACCCUGCCAGUCCCACAAGGGCAUAGGGGGGGGCUUUCCCAAGGGGCAGCCGAGGGUCACUGCUGCUGCUUCUGCCUCACCCGCUUCUCCCACUGCCCCUUCGCCACCACAGUCUUCAGCCCAAGAGGCCACCUGGUGGCUCUCAGCAACUGCACUGCGUCCCAGAAAAAGCAGGAAAGCCUUCAUCAGGCAGAGUGGAAAGGAAGCCUUUGGAGGGCCUGCCAAGUCGCCUGGCCUCUGGGUGCUCCAUUUGGGGUGCGGCGGCAGCAGCAGCAGCAGCAGCAGCAGCAGCGAGAUGCUUCUCCCAUUACAGUUCAAAGGCUGCUGGGGGGGGGGUGACUCCCUCCCUCCGUCCUUUCCUGCUUGCUUCCCUCUGAAGUGGUGGCAGAAUAGAGCCAGGCAGCCAAGGAGCCAGAGAGGCUCACAAAUUGUUCCCUGAAAAAGGCAGAAGGCAAAUGGAUGGAGGGAAGACUGAUGGAGGAUGAAAGAGAAGAAGAAAUGGAUUCAAAUGGCCUCCUCAGCACUUGAAAGAGAUCAAAGGGCUUUUUUGAUGGCUUGUCCCCACAAAGUGAAAGACCCCCAGACUCUCCAAGGGGCCUUCCCUGCUGCCAGGGCUUGACUCGGCUGCCCCAUAGCCUUUCUGCGCCUCUUCUCUGAUCCUGCUUGGGGGGGUCCAUUUCCCCUCCUGCCCCCCACCCAUCUUCUUCCUCACUGCUGCCCAUUUUGUGGGGAGCUGAAAGAACUCCCUGCAGGAGUCAAUCGUGUCCUAUUCCAGCUGCAGGGAACCCUCCAGGCGUUACCAAACUGCAAAUCCCACCCACCUCUGGCUACCAGCCCUGCUUGCUGGGGCUGAUGGGAGUUGUAGUUCAGGAACACCUGUUGGGCCAAACGUUCCCCACCCUGCUCUUUAUUCGACAGACCUUGGAGCGGUGUUUCAGCUUCCCGCCAACCUCGUGAGGUAGGCUAGGGUGAGAAUGCGAGGUGGGCUAAGUCAUGAACCUAAGUCUUCUCGGGACAGGGCAAAGGACUCCUUCUGUGAACUGGCCUUGGGGACAAGCAGGCAGGUCCGAGAGACCCAGGAACAUCUUCCAACCUGCUGAUCUGGGUUCGGGUUCCAGGCAGCCUCAGGGAAAAGGCCCAGAGCUGGCCUUGGUGCUCCCCAACUUGGAGGGAGGGCACAGGGCUAUUUUGGCAAGGCACCCCUGACUGGCAUCUCCCUCUCUCCCCCCCAGAGACGCUGGGUGCCUUGGCCUCGGUCCUCUCCAUCUGGAUCGUCACGGGAGUGCUGGUUUACCUGGCCUCGGCCCGCAUCAUCAGCAACGACUACGAGAUCGAAGCCUCCGCCAUGCUGGGCACCUCGGCCUGUGCUGUGGGCGUGAACAUCAUGUGAGGCCUGGCGCGGGGCAUUGAGGGAGGCGGAGGGCGGAUUCUCAGGCACAACACACUCCCAUUGUCAGGGGCUGCCUCUGGUCAGUUCAUUUAAUUAUAGCCCAAGCCCACACCAUGCAGGAAUCACAGCUAAGGAAUCCCUGCCAGGUAGCCAGCCAACCGCUGCUCAAAAACCUCCAUAGUAUCACAGAAUGGUAGAGUUGGAAGGGACCCCAGGGGUCAUCUAGUCCAACCCCCUGCAGGGCAGGAAUCUCUGCUAAAGCAACCCUGACAGAUGGCCUCCAGCCUCUGCUUAGAAACCUCCAAGGAAGGAGAGUCCACCAUCUCAUGAGGGAGACCGAUCCACUGCGGAACAGCUCUUACUGUCAGAAAGUUCUUCCUGAUGUUGAGUCGGAAUCUCCAUUCUUGUCACUUGAAGCCAUGGGUUCGAGUCCUCCCCUCCAGAGCAGAGGGGAACACGCUCGCUCCAUCGUCCACAUGGCAGUCCUUAAGAUCUUUGCAGAAGGAAGCAUACUGCCCACAAGCAGGGCCCAAGAGCUGAGGUGAAUGGCAGACCCUCCAACAUUUCUCUGAUGAAAAUAAGGACGUCCCAUUCCAUAAUGAUCAUUUUAGUAUUUGUACGCCACACAUCGUACUGGGUGGCCCCAGCCACUCUGGGCAGCUUCCAACAUAUAUAAAAUCAUAAUAGAACAUUAACCAUUAAAAACACCUUUCCCUAUACAGGACUGGCUUCAGACGGCUUGGGGGUUGGAUAACUCCAUAAGCCCCAACAUUUCUCCAGCGGAAAUAGGGACAUCCUAAGGAAAAGUGUAUAGGGACGCGGGUGGCGCUGUGGGUAAAACCCUCAGCGCCUAGGCCUUGCCGAUCGAAAGGUCGGCGGUUUGAACCCCCGCGGCGGGGUGUGCUCCCGUUGCUCGGUCCCAGCGCCUGCCAACCUAGCAGUUCGAAAGCACCCCCGGGUGCAAGUAGAUAAAUAGGGACCACUUACUGGCGGGAAGGUAAACGGUGUUUCCGUGUGCUGCGUCACGCUGGCCACGUGACCCGGAAGUAUCUCCGGACAGCACUGGCCCCCGGCCGCUUGAGUGAGAUGGGCGCACAACCCUAGAGUCUGUCAAGACUGGCCCGUACGGGCAGGGGUACCUUUACCUUUACCUUUAAGGAAAAGUGAGACAUUCCAGGAUCAAAUCAGAAACCAGGACGGCUUCUCUAAAUCAGGGAUGUCCCUGGAAAACACUUGGAGGGUCUGGGAGAGGACCCCAAUGGUUGCCUUGCCCUGGGAGGGGAAGGGUGUGGCCCCCACCCCAAAGCCUUGGCUCAUAGCUCUUGCCACCCCUCUCCGCAGCAUGGCCUACCUUCUGCACCAGUCGGGCUCCCCCCACAGCCACGGGGUGAGCACGGGGGGCUACGAGCGGAUUGGGGAGAGCCCCGGCGGUGCGCCUGCGGUGCCCACCCACAGCAACACCAGCGUCCGGGCCGCCUUUGUGCACGUGGUGGGGGAUCUGCUCCAGAGCAUUGGGGUCUUCGUGGCUGCAACCGUCAUCUACUUCAAGGUAGGGGGACCAGGCAUCCUGCUCUGGAUAGGGACCCAGAGCCUUCCUCCUUGAAGCACUGUCUUGUUCCCAUGGAACCAUAGAAUGGCAGAGUUGGAAGGAACCCCCAAGAGUCAUCUAGGAAUCACAGCUAAAGAGAUUUUCCCUUUUUUGCAUUGACCAGCACCCAUUGCAAUUAAGAGGGACAGUGCAUCAAAUACAAACAAUGCAGUAGAUCAGUUUAAAUUGCCAAAUUAAAAAAGCAGCACAAAUUUAGAAUCAGAGCACCAUGGGCGUUCUUAUUUAAAUAUUUCCUGGUCCUGGCAAACAGUGGUGGAGCCAGCCCUCAACGUUCACCCUGCCAACUCCCCAGGAGGCCUGUCUGCGGCCCAAGAGGUCCUCUUCCCCUGAAUGUCCAGGCAAACCAGCUUCCCUGCAGCUUCCACUCCGACCGGAUCCAGUUCCCCCUGCUGGAACCACAGAGAGUGAGGCAGCUGUAUCUCUGACGCCAGAGAUCUUGGAAGGCUACACCCCCCCCCCUUAUUAGACUUAAUUAAUUAACAAAAUGUACAUACCAAAGCAACAAUCGGGUUGGAUCCAAAGUAGCGCUGAGGAGUGUGUCACAUCCAUGCAAGGAUUUCUGCCUGGGGAAUGGGGCUGCCCCCUAAAUCUGUCCUAGGGGUCCUCUGUCCUCUGUGUCAGUGCAGGGAUCUUGUCUAUGUCUAUCCCUGCCUCUCCUCCUCCUCCUCUGCUUUGCAGCCCCAGUACAAGAUUGCAGACCCCAUCAGCACUUUCCUCUUCUCGGUCUUUGUGGUGGGCUCCACUGUGACCAUCCUCCGCGACGUCUUCCGGGUGCUCAUGGAAGGUGAGUUCCAACCCCGACCCUCUCGGGUCAAACGAGGCCGCCUCAUUAACCAGCUAAGGGAAAUCUGAGGAAUAAAAUCCUGGUGCAAUUCCAGCCGGACCUCCUUGUCCCUUCCCUGCCCCAGGCCUGGGGAUGCUCAGGGCACUGGCUGCAAAGCCAACAUCAAAGGGUGCCCAAGACCAUCCAAAAGCCAGCAGGGAAGCAGGAGGAGCAGGAAGGGGCAGGGGAAAGGCAGAGGGGAAGAGGCAGGGGCCAAGUCCCUCUGCAAGUGACUGGCUCAGCUUUAGCACAAGGCACCUUUAGACUCCAGGCCUAAAGACAAAUCGCCCAGGGAGCUCAUGGCUGUUUUAAGGCUGCACCGGGUGUUGAAAUUUUGCACUCCCUUACCAUUUUUUGCCCAGGGCAACUGCCCCGGUGACCCCGCACCCCGCUACACCACUCAAGGACCAUCUCCAGCAGGAGGUGCCCCUCCCUUGCUCUGCUCCAGGUAUGCCAGUCAGGGAGCCGGCACCACAUCUGCUCCUCCAAGGGGGGGGAGCUGGGGGUUUGGAGGGACCCCAGCCAAGUCUGUUACCACCCUGCCUCCCUCUCUUCCAGGGUCUCCGCGGGGCGUGGAGUUCAAAGCCGUGAAGGAAGUGCUGCUGUCCGUCAAGGGCGUGAAGGGGGCUCACAACCUCCACCUCUGGGCCUUGACCCUCAGCCAUCACGUGGUGGCUGUGCACCUGGCAAUUGGUGAGCACCCCACCCUGCCUCUGAGUGCCCGGGACCCCCUGAGGAAAUCCUGAGAGGGCAAAGGCCCCAGGCGAUGGGGGUGGGGACUGUACCACCUCCGACUGCAGGCAGGGGGACCACAUUUCGGGAUGCUACCCUGAGUUUAAAACGCCUCAAAAGCAAAACACAUCUAUCCAGGACAAAAAUCAAUUGGUAUAGCUGGGAAUGUUAUCUAUUCAUUUAAAGGCAUUUCAUAAGCCACUUAAUAUUUUAAAAACUCAAAGUGGUGCACCACUUAAAAGUUUCAUUAAAAGAAAAAUGCAACAUGGAACCAGUAAAACAGCAGCAUAAAAUCAGGAAUCUGGGGAACCGACAAAUAAAUAAAUAACAGGGCCCAAUCUUAUGGAUCAGGAAAGGCCUGGGGGGAAAGGAUGUCUUUAGAAGACCUUUACAGCAAAGGGCAUCCCAUAAUACAGGAGCAAUGGGGGGAAAUGCCUGUUUUCAGGUCACCCCCCCAUGAUGUUCUGUAGGGUGUGAUAGGAGUACAGUUUUCCCCAGAAGAUGGAAGUGAGCUUAACAGGUCUAUAAAGGGGCAGCUGGCCUUUCGGGCGACAGAGUUGCUUUAAAAGUGAGCAAUACUAACAAUACUCCCCCCCCCCGGCUCCUGCCCCUCCCUUUAGAGAGGAUCAGACCCAUCCAAGGAGGAGAGGGCUAGCAAUGGCUGCAGCCACAAUGGCUAUGCUGUCUCCGCAGUUGGACACCAGGGCUGGAAACUGUAGGAGUUGCUCUUGUGCUCAGAUCCUGUUUGCUGGUUUCCCCUGAUGGGCAUCUAGUUGGCCACUGUGGGAACAGGAGGCUGGGCCACUGGCCUGAUCCAGCAAGCUCUUCUUUCGUUCUUAUGGAGCCUCCAGGUGCAGAGGCAGUCUAUCUCGAAUCCCAGGUUCAUAGAGGCAUUGGCCGCUGUGAGAACAGGAUGCUGGGCUAGAUGAUCCUGCAAACUCCAAGCCUCUCCUUGGGUGUGCAGGGAGGGCAGAGGCUGGUGCAGCCUUUGCCCAGCUGACCCCUUUCUGGGUCUCUCCCCCUUGCAGACUCUGGGGCCGACAUGGAGGCGGUGCUGCAAGAGGCCACAGCCGUCCUGCAGAGCAAGUUUGGCUUCGUCUCCUGCACCAUCCAGGUGGAGCGCUACCUGGACGACAUGGCCAGCUGCCGCCAGUGCCAGGACCCACAGGACUGA